AUGGAAUCUCAAUUAUUUACUGAAUGUCAUUAUUCUCGCUUUUCUUCUGGAGGAAGAACGAAUAUAUAUGGGUUGGCAUUAUUUGAAACUUCAAUGGAAAGCGGCCUUCCUGUAGAUUCUGAAUUUCCAUCAAAUAUUAUAAAGUCUUUUCCACAAAACAUUUCGCAUAAACCUCAAAGUCAAAACAAAUCAAAUGCGAUAAAACACCUAUUUGUAAGUUCGUUCUAUGGUAUAACAUGUUUCGUUUCUGCUACUGGUUAUUGGAAUACUAUUGAGCUUCCCAUAAACCAAGAUAUUGGUGAAAUAGUUUCAAUGGAUGCAUUUCCUUCCGAUCAAUCAAACCUAAUUUUUACUUUAACAACAACCGAAGGUGACGGUCAACAUAAUUUUACACUUCGAAUUUAUUCGUUAGAUGAUGCAUCUCAAAUGUAUAUGGAAGAAGCAAUAUUUAGAAUUGCGGAGCAAUGCCAAGUCAUUAGGAUUCCUUUUACACCAAUGCAACUUUUUCAUACUGGAAUAAAUAUUAAUGGGAAAUUGAAUACAUGUCUUCUUUUAUGCGGAAACGAUGGAGGAGUUCACCUAUAUUUAAGAAAUAAAUCUACGAAUAAAUGGGAAGAGGAACCUGUUCGUUCUUAUUUUCCUUUGCUUGCAUCAUUAUCUGAAUCAAGUUCAAGUAUAUUAUCUCUAGAAAUCCGAGAAAUUGGAGAUUUAAAAAUAGUUGCUGCAGGAUGUCAAAAUGGAAGAUUAUAUGUUUCUAUCAUGAAAUAUGAUUCCUCAGUUGGAGAUUUUGUUCCAAUGGAUGAACCGGCUUUUGUUGUGCUUUUUAGUCCAAUAACCUCUAUAUCAGUCUUCUCUUCAUCUUCAAGUAAAGUCAGUUCGGGUGAUAUUCAUAUGCUAGUUACUUGUGCUGUCGAACGAGCAAUAAUCUAUUGCAACGUUGAUAAAGUAUCAUUGAAUCGCCCAGUAUACUUGAAAGAAUGUUCUCAAUAUGAUAGUGUUCUUUGUUCUAAUAUAAUGGAUGUUGAUUGGGAUGGAAAUAAUGAAAUUAUUAUUGGUACAUAUGGGAGAGAGUUGCUCGUUUAUAAACAAGGUUUAUCAUUUAGUCAUCCAAUUUAUCAAAUUGCAAAUUUAGAUUUAAAUCAAGAUGGUAUUGAGGAAUUAAUUGUGGCUACUCAAUAUGGAAUUCAUAUAUUACAGCCAAACUUAGAAAAGGCAAAAACGGAAUUACUUAAAGUAUUAGAAGACCUUAAGAGUUUAAAAAAUGAAUUGAAAGAGCUAAAAGAAGAACAAUCAUCAUAA